AUGAGUAAACAUGUCUCCGAAUACGAAUAAGACUUGAAAAUAAAACAUAAGGUAUAUAAAGACAAACUUAAUUUAAUUCUUGCAGAUAUAGAUUAAUAUUAUCGAAUAUAAUUAUCAAGUAAAUAAUUUUUAAUAAGAUACUUUCAAUACUUGAGAGAAUUUAAUGAGAGAGAGAUUAAAGGUGAUACUAGUAAAUUUUUUUAUGAAAUGGUUGAUUAUUUUAAAGAAUUCAACAUAAAACAUUUUUUUCCUAAUAAAAUUUGGUAAUUUAAUGUAGCAAGUAUAAAUUUAUUGAAAAUAUAGAAAGUUUUAUUAAUAGUCUUUAAAAUAUUUCUGAUCAAGAUGUCAUUCAUAUAUUUAUUUUGUUAAAUUAAAUUUUGGAAGGAAAAUUCCACUAAUCUUCAAAAUCAAUAAUAAAGGUUCUUCCUUAUGAAGGAGGGAAUGUUAAAUUUCCUUUUGAAUAUGAUUAUAUAAUUGGAUUUAAUUUCUAAAGUUUCCUUAAAUUAGUAAUAUAAGUAAUUCCUAUUUUAUAUCCAAUUUUAAAUGAUUAAGGUAAGCCAACACAUUUUGAAUUUCGUCAUGAAAUAAUUUUAGUGGGAUUAGGACCUGAAAAUUAAUCAAAUUCUAUGGGAUAUUAUGAAAUUGAGAAUUAUUUCAGAAAUUAAUCAACCUCUCCUAAUUUUUUUGCAAAUAUGAAAUUAAUAAAAGAACUAAAAAAAGACACAAAAAAUUUAAAUGGAACACUUAUAGGAGAAAACCCAUAGCCUUGGAAGGAAAUAUUGAUUCCAAGAGAAUUUGAACCUGUUUUAUUGAAUGAUUAGGAUUAUGUUUAUAAUUAAACUUUUCAGAAAUGGAUACCUGCUUCAACUUAAAUUAUGUUGAAUAAAAAAUUAGAAAGAAUAAAUACAUUUUCUGAAAAUCAUUAUUUGAUUUAGAAAUAUAGUCAAUAACCAUCUCCAUAUUAAUUACUUAAAAUAAUCUAAAAUAUUCCUAAUUUUAAAUUUAAUCUAACAAAUGAAUAAUAAGAUAUAAUUUCAUUUAAUGGAGAUGGAUUAGUAAUUGGAAGAAGUGGUACAGGAAAAACAACAUGCGCUUUAUUAAGACUCUUUACAACAGAUAUUCUAUUUAAAAUUAGAAGUAAAUUAGAUUAAAUUAUUUCUUUAACUCCAGAUAUUUAAUUGAAUUAAUAAUAAAAGGGUUGUUAAUUAAAGACUGUUUUUAUUACAGCAAGUCCUCUAUUAGCUUGUUAAGUUAAAAGAUUAUAUGAUAAAUUAGUAUAAAAUAUAUAAGAUGUAAUAAAUAAUAAGAAGAAGAAUCAAAAGAACAAAGAAGAAGAAACAUAAGUUUUUUAAGAUGAGAUGGAUUAGAGUACUUUUUAAAUUAUAAAUGCAAUCAAAAUCGAUUAAGAAUAGUAAGAUCAAUAAUAACAAGUAAAUCAAGAAGAUGAAUUAGAUGAUGAAGAAAUUGAUGCAUAUGAAAAAGAAAUGGGAAAAUUUUCAAGAUUUUCUGAUAUAAACCAAUUUCCAAUAUUUUUAACAUUAAGGAAAUUUCUAUUUUUAGUUGAUGCUUCACUUAUUAAUUCUUUUUUUUCAAUUUUUGAAAAUUAACAUGAUCGAUCUUCUUAAUGGCAUAAUGAAUAAUUUGGAUAAAUGAGUUUAUCUUAAAAUAAUGAAAUUAUAGAAAAGAAAUUGGAAUAGUUUAAUUAGAGAUUAAUGGAUGAAAUUGAUAAUAAAGACUAUAUUGAAACAAAAAUGCAUGAGGUAACCUAAGAUGUAUUUGUAAGAAUUUUUUGGCCAAAAAUAUUAUAAACCUUAAAAAAAAAAUUGGAUAAAACAAAAAGUUUUGAUCCAAUAUAUAUUUGGUCAGAGAUUUGUACAAAAAUUAAGGGUCAUGAAACAUCACAUGAAUAUCCAGAUAGAUAUAUGAAUUAUGACAAUUACUAUUAUUUAUAAUAGUUACCUGAAGAAUAAUGUAGUUUUGUAUAUGAAGUUUUUCAAAUUUAUGAAUAGUUGAAAUUUUCAUUAGGAUAUUAUGAUUUAUUAGAUUUGGUAAAUCACAUUAAUUAAGAAUUAGUUUUUGGAAAGGAUAUUAUUGAGAAGGUUCAUUAUCUAUUACUUGAUGAAUUAUAAGAUGUUCCAAGAGCUGUAUUAAUAUUAUUAGAUCAAUUAACUGAACUUGGUUUAUUUUGUUGUGGAGAUAAUGCUUAAAAUAUAGCUAAAGGAAUAGGAUUUAAAUUUUUUGAAGUUUAAAACUGUUUAUAAUCCCAUAGAAAUAGCAAACAAAAAAUAAAAAGAAAUCUUAAAAUAUUUGAUUUAAAUGUAAAUUUUCGUUCUCAUAAUAAAAUCUUAUAAUUAGCUAAUUCUGUUAUAAGAAUGAUAGAAAUACUAUUUCCUUACAAAAUUGAUAAAUUAAAAAAGGAAACAUCAAAUUUGAGAGGUCCUAAACCUCUUUUAAUAAAAAGUAAUAAUGUAAAAUAUUUAUUGAAUAAUCUUUAUGGAUUCUUUUCAAAUGAUUAAAAUAUAUUAGAAUUUGGUUGUAAUUAAGUCAUUAUUGUUAAAGAUUAAGAAUCUAAAAUAAAAUUACCUAUUGAAUUAUAAAAUAUCUUAUGUUUAACCAUUUAUGAAGCCAAAGGUUUAGAAUUUGAUGAUGUUAUUUUGUUCAACUUUUUUCAUGACUCAACUGCAUCUAUUAAGGAUUGGGAAUCGAUAAAUGAUUUAGAACCGUACGCAGAGUAUUUAAAGAAAUCUGAUUAUUAAAAGUAUAUUACAAGUACAUAUUGUAUUAACAUUAUAUAGAUCACGAAACAGAUGUAAUUUCAUCCAUAUCAAAGAAAGAUAAUGAAUUGGUUGAAGUUUGGUAAUUGAAAAUUAAAAAUUACAAAUAGAAUCAAGAAAUUUCUAUUGAUUUAUGCCAGGAAUUAAAAUAACUUUAUGUAGCUAUCACAAGACCUAAAAAAAGAUUAAUCAUAUUUGAUUAAUCAUUAGAAAAAAGAAGAAUAAUACAAAAUAUUUGGAUUAAAUUAAAUGCUGUUAAAAUUAUUGAUUAAAUAAAUCAAAUUAACAAUGUUACAAUUUCAUUGUAGUUAAGAAAUACUCAUAAAGAAAAUUGGAAACGAUAAGGUUUUAAGAUGUUUAGAAUGAAUAAUUUUGAUUAAGCAGCGAAAUGCUUUAAUUUUGCAGAUGAAAAGGUAUUAGAAAAAAAAUCUAUUGCAUAUAGUAUUGUUGUCAAUAAUGCUCAUAUAAUUAAUAAUUAUUAAAAAUUCUUAGAAGCAGCUAUUAUAUUUGAAAAAAUAGGUUUAUUAUAAAGAGCAGCUUAAUGUUAUUUCACUGGAAAAUAAUUUUAAAAAGCAUCAAAUUUAUAUGAAAAAUUAGGAUUAAUGAAUGAAAUGGCUGAAUCGGAAUUUUUUGCACAUAAUUACUCAAAAGCAGCUUAGACUUUUGAGAUUUUAGGUGAUAUUAGAAGAGCUAUUAAUUGUUAUUGUUUAGAUUAGGAUUGGGAUAAUGUCAUUAUUAUUUUAAAUAAAUACAAAUAAGAAUUCAGUCAAUAAGAAAGAUUAGCAUUUUUAAAUUAAUUUUUUCCUAAUUAUUUAUAAAAUUUGACUUUGUAAAUUUAAGAAGAAGCAGCUUAAUAAAAUAAAUGCACUUAAGAAUAAGAAGAAUUUAAUAAAUAAGAAAAAUCAUUUUAAUCUGAAAGCUUUGUAAUUUAAAAUUCAAUACUUAAUGAAUCUUAAAACUAAGAGGAUUCUUAAUUGAUAACUACUAGCUAAAUAAUUAAUUAAUAAAUUAAUGAAUCUAGUUUGGAAAUAUUAAAUAGUGCAGAAAAAGAAUAAUCAGAAUCAUUUUAAAUUGAGAAUGUGAGUGAAUAAAAUUUGGAUCAUUUAUCUAUUUUUGAUCCUGAAGAUGAAUGGUUAAAAUAAGAUUAAAAAUCAUUGAUUAAAUAAAUGUCAUCUAGAAUCAGUCAUUAAUCAUAAUUUUCUAAUAUUGUACUUCUUAAUUAGCCUCCAUAAAUAUCGCUUUUAAAAUCUAAAAGCAAUCUCUUAAUUUCAAAUAAUAUCUUAUAAUAAUUAAUUAAGAAAUUAUAGUUAUUCUCAAAUGAAUUCUAAAAACAUUUAGAUUAAUAAAAAUAUAAGGCAGUUUAAUUAUCAAAUAGAAGGGAUGAUGAGAAAGAGUUUGAUCACAUUAUAAAUUUUAUUUAUGAUUUAGAAAACAUAGACAUAGAUUCAAUUUAUAUGAUUUUAGAUAUUUUGGAAUAAUUUAAGAGCUAUAAAUUAUGCAUUUACAUUUGUAAUUAUUAUAAAUUAGCUUUAUAUUUGGGUAGGUAUUUAGUUUCUCUUGUAUCCAUUUAUUCACCAUUUACAAAAAUUAAAAAUUAGGUUAAUGUCUAAAUGAUAACUUUAGGAUCUUUAAGAAAGAAUCUUCUUGAAUAAUCUGCUAUUUCUUAAAUAGCAAUUAAUAAUAUACUUGAAACAAUUAAUCCUACUUUUUUAAUUUUUAAAAAUGAAGAAGAAUUAACUCUAACAAAUAGUUUAGGUUUGAAAUGUUAUUAAGAAUUAAUUGGAUUAGGUUUUUGGAAAACAUUAAUAUAUUAAUUAAACUUUAAGCAUACAAUAGAUUUGUGUAUGUCUUUUAACGAUUUUGAAGAUUGCAUUUAAAUAUUUGAUAAAAUUAAAUCUAAAAGAAAAUUUGAAUUAUCCAAUGAAGAAGAAUUUAAAUAUAUGAAAAUUUAAUAUUAUUAAUAAAUUAAAUUAAUUAAAGGCUAACAGGAGAAGACAUUAGAUAUCGUAAAAGAAAUUAAUAGUGUAUUUAAGAUUACAAAGAAUUAUUAUAUGAAAAAAAAUUAAGAGAUUGAAGAGGCUGAUAUUAGCUAAUUAAUUAUAAAUGCUAAUAUUCAUAAUAAAAAAAUGACUUUUAAUGAACAACUUAAAUAAAUUGAAGCUGUGGUUAUAGGUUUUGAUUUGCUUAAAUCGUAAAUGGAUUUUAGUUAUGAAAAUGUUAUAGGAUUAAUUUAGAUUUUAGAAUAUUUUCAUAAUCAAUUAACUUCAUGUUAGAACUAAGAAAAUAUUAUUGAAGCUUUAUUAUUUUGUUAUGAUUUAUCAAUUCCUCAAGGAGAGAUUAUGAGUCAUUACUCACAUUCUUUACUUAUACAUAUAAGAUCUACAUUAAUAAGACAAGUAAUAAAAGAUGAAAAUAGAAAGGAAAAUAAUUAGAAAUAAAAUGGUCCGUUAUUAUUUGUAGAUAUUGGAUAUGAAUAUAUUUCAAUAUCUUUUGAGUAAGCUAUUCAUUUAAUAAUGAAUUCUUUUGCUUAUAAAGUUUAAUUAAUACUAAAUAAUAAAACUGCAAAAUUAAUGGAUUAUUAUCAAGUAGAUGAUGAUUCAUUUUCUGUAAAUUCUUAAGAAGAUUGGGAAAAUACAUUAGCAGAAUUAUUAGUAUUAUUAAUGCUUGAGUAAUUUAAUAAUAAGUUUUAAGGUAAGAUUCAGUUUAAAAAAGAAGAAUCUUAAUCUAAAAAAUUGCAUCCUCUUACAAUUUAUUAUGAAAAAAGAUCUGAAUCUUAAGAGUAUUCAAUUUUAGAUUCUGAACCAUCAUAAAAUUUAAAAAUGAUACAACGUAUAAUUUUGAAAAACAAUUAAAGAAUAGUCAAUACUCCUAAUUAUAUAAAAAAAUUGAUUCGUGAUAUUUCUUUAAAUUUGAUAUUAUAGAUACCAUAAAAGUAAGAGAAUUUUCAUUCAAAUAUGAUAAUGGCAAUUAAUUUAUUGAAUUUAACUGAUUAAUUAUCUUUUGGGGUGUCAGUUCUUUAAAAUUAGAAAAAAGGAUAGGAUAAAAAUAUUCCAUAUUUGAAAUAUAUAGAAUUUUUGGAAUGUUAGUAUUUUGGAAUAACAGAGGAUGCUCUAGGAUGUUUUUUAGAUUAUAGUUAAUAUGUAAUGGAGAGAUUUUAUUUAGAUGAAUAAUUAUAUCACGUGAUUAGAAUAGGUUUAAAUAUUUUAAUAUCAUUAUUGUGUUAAAGUUAAUAGAAAUUAACAAUAAUAAAGGAAUAUAAAGAAUUUUUAAAUAAUAUUGAUAUUGCUGACGAAAGUAAUUGUAAAUUAAAGAUGGGAAUAUUUUAAUUAAAUAAUUAAUAAUUAAUAUAGGAAUAUUUACAAUUUUUAUUUGAAUACUAGUAGUAUUGCAAUUCAAAGUACUACCAAGACCAAGUAUAAUAAUAUAUAGUAAUAUUUGCAAUAAAUUUAUUGAAUACGUAAUAAGUAAAAAUAAUAAAGUGUUUGAUUGAAUAAUUUAAGCAGAAUAACUAAUUAAAAAAUUUAUCUAGAUUAUAAGAAGCCUUAUUAAAAGAGUUAGGAAAGAAUAAUAAGGAAAUUCAAAAAAAAAAAAGUUUAUUAAGCACAAUAGGUGGUUAUUAUGAUGAGGAUAUAAUAGAAUUAGAAAUAGUAAAUACUAAAUCUGAAUAAGAAUAGGAUGAAUAUUAUUAGAAAUGUAUAUAAGUAUGGAAUGCUUAUUAGAAAGAAUCUGAGAGUAAGUAAGAUAGUAUAAAAAAAUUGAUCAAGAUAUGGUAAGGGUUUAGAAAGGAUCAUGAAUUAUUAAUAUAAGUAUAAUUAAGUAAAAAUUUGUAAUUUGUGAGAAGUAUAUGGUAUUUCAAAAAUGGUUAAAAUUUGGGAGAGAAAAAGAAAAUGAGAUAGAAAUAUGAUAAUAAUUUAAAUGAAGAUUUGUAAUUGAGUGUAAUAUUACAAAGGUAAUGAAUAAUUUAUAUAUAUAGAAAAUUGUAAACUGCAAGAUAAAGAUAUAUAAAUUCACUUGAUAUCCAUUUGUUAAAUAGUUUAUUGAAUAAUUUAGGAGAAUUAAUGAAAGAAUUAAUGAAAGGGAUAGAUGUAAAUGAGAAAUUAAAAAAAUUAGAGAAAGAAUUGAUACAGUGGGAAUAAGAUGACAAAAAGUAGUAAAUUGAUGAACAAAUGUUAGAAUUAAAUAGAAAUUUGUUAGCGUAGAAAUGGUAGAAAUUAAAAGCUGGUAUAAAAUUACUUCGUAAAGGAUAGAAAGAGGUCAUGACAACAAUAUAAGAAGUUAGAGAGGAGAAUUGA